AUGUCCAGCCCGCACCAGGUGGCAUCUUUGUGCUUGGGUUCAGAACCCAUUUUGGUGGUGUUGAGAGCUGGCUUGGGCAUGAUUUACGAUUCCUUGGAUGAGGUGAAGAUGGACCGAAGCAUAGACUUGCAAGACACGGCCUUUAUGAGGAGAAAAAGACGUCAAGAAGACAGCGACAGGAAGGCGACGACAGAAGGAAGACGGGGGACUGCGAAGGUGUUCCGCCAUGGCGACCGGGCCCCCCUGGCCUCCUACCCCACAGACCCGCACAAGGAGGCGACCUCCACCCUGUGGCCACGUGGCCUGGGCCAGCUGACCCGGAAGGGGGUCCGCCAGCAGCUGGAGCUGGGCCGCUUCCUGAGGAGCCGCUAUGAGGGCUUUCUGAGUCCCGAGUUCCGGCGGGAGGAGGUGCACGUCCGCAGCACAGACUUUGACCGCACGCUGGAGAGCGCACAGGCCAACCUGGCCGGGCUGUUCCCCGAGGCCGCCCCGGGGAGCCCUGAGGCCGCCUGGAGGCCGAUCCCCGUGCACACGGUGCCCGUCACCGAGGACAAGCUACUGAGGUUCCCCAUGCGCAGCUGUUCCCGCUACCGUGAGCUGCUGCGGGAGGCCACGGAGGCUGCCGAGUACCAGGAGGCCCUAGAGGGCUGGACGGACUUCCUGAGCCGCCUGGGGAACUUCACGGGACUGUCGCUGGUUGGGGAGCCGCUCCGAAGGGCAUGGAAGGUGCUGGACACACUGACCUGCCAGCAAGCCCAUGGCCUCCGUCUCCCAUCCUGGGCCUCCCCGGACGUCCUGCAGACCCUUGCUCAGAUCUCGGCUCUGGAUAUUGGGGCCCACGUGGGCCCACCACGGGCGGCAGAGAAGGCCCAGCUGACUGGGGGGAUCCUGCUGGAUGCCAUCCUGGCCAACUUCUCCCGUGCCCAGCGCCUGGGGCUGCCCCUCAGGAUGGUCAUGUACUCGGCUCAUGACAGCACCCUGCUGGCCCUCCAGGGCGCCCUGGGCCUCUACGAUGGCCACAUUCCGCCAUACGCCGCCUGCCUUGGCUUUGAGUUCCGGAGACGCCUUGGGGACCCCGAGGAAGACGGCGGGAACAUCACCGUCUCCCUCUUCUACCGCAACGACUCUGCGCACCCGCCCCUGCCCCUGAGCCUCCCUGGGUGCCCAGGCCCCUGCCCACUGGGCCACUUCCACCAGCACCCACCUGCCUACGGGAUCCCCUGCCACAGCUCCCGUGAGGCUACCACGCCCACAGCUGCUGCGGUGCCCCUGCUGGCCGGAGCUGUGGCUGUGCUGAUGGCGCUCAGCCUGGGGCUGGGCCUGCGAGCCUGCAGACCCCAAUGCCUGCGGGCCUGGGGCGGCGCUGUGUAAGCCCAGAACCAGGACACGCCCCCCCACUCUGUAUCCCAACAUGUGUGCUCACCCUGGCUGCCUCCUGGCUGUGUCUGUGUGGGCGCGGAUGGCUGCGUGCUCUGUACACAUGCACAGCACACGGGUGUGGGACCACCUCAGGGUGUGCAUGUGGGGACACCUGCUGGGGAGCCGCUCAGGGCACUUACAGCCAGCACUGACCCCACGGCUGUGACCCUGGG